UCCAUCUCUCUAUAGCAACACCCCCUUUUGUCUCAGACGCGGAUUAACCGCCUCCUUUGAAGAUCGACCAACUUCCAUAUCCAGCAAUCUUCAAUCCUCUUUCUUUUAUGUUCCAUUUCAUUAAUCGAUUCUCCUUUGAAGGGAAUUGAAUGGAGGUGGACUAUGAGUUUAGGAAUUGGGAGGAGCUUAUACCUGAUGCACUUGGCCUUAUAUUUAAGAAUCUAACACUGGAUGAGACCCUCACUGUGAUCCCAAGAGUCUGCAAGUUUUGGGGAAGAGUAGUUGCAGGGCCUUAUUGCUGGCAGGAGAUCAACAUUGUAGAAUGGAGCAAGUGUCAGUCGCCUCAGACUAUAGACCGAAUGCUUAGGAUGUUGGUCACCAGGAGCUCAGGUUUGCCCCGCAAGCUUUGUGUUUCUGGGGCUCUCAAUGAUCAGAGUUUUUCAUUUAUCGCGGACCAUGCCAAAUCUCUUCGGACGCUGAAGCUGCCAAGAAUUGCAGUAAGUGAUUUGAUAGUGGAACAGGUUGCUGCAAAGCUCUCUACCAUAACUUCCUUGGAUUUGAGCUACUGCAAAACUGUUGGGGCCCCUGCACUUGAGGCGAUUGGAAAGCACUGUAAACAUCUCACAAAGUUACGGAGAUGUAUGUAUGGAUGGGAACUUGACAAGGACCCUCAAGACAAGGAGGGUUUUGCAAUAGCAGCCACAAUGCCAAAACUCAAGCAUCUUGAGCUACGCUUUAUGCGUAUUAGUACAGAACCUGUGCUUCAGAUACUAUUGAGCUGCCCUGAGCUCCAUUUGCUAAAUGUGGUAGGGUGCUACAGUGUAAAAAUUGACGAAAAGUUUGUCAAGAACUUCUCAGGGCUGAAUGUGGUUGGACCUGAAGGUUCAGGCUGGGAUGAUUGCUCUACUUUCUCGGUCUCUUCCAGCUACUUGGAUUGGGACUUGAUGGGCGUAAUCCACAAUGAGGUAGAGUAUGAUGAUUUUGAGGAAGAUAUGUUAGAUGAGGCCUGGGAAGACGGUUUAGGUAUGGAGGAUGGAGAAGCUUUUGGCUUCUAUGAUAGUUUUUGUCGUGAUAAUGCUGGGUUUGAUUGGCCCCCAUCUCCUUGAAUUUCCUUGCGUAAGUGUUUGAGUGAGUUCACAGUGCAGGUUGACCUUCUUGGUACCUUGGUGCGAGUAAUGUUGCUCUCCUUACAAUAAUAGGAGCACUAAUAUUCCGCAUGAUAUGUAUGUUUUUGUAUUAUCAAUAAAUUCUUGUAUAUCCAUGCAUGAAUGAAGUGAACUUUGUGCCUUUGCUUAUAU